AUGGCUGCAAUAGCGGAGUAUUUUAAUUGGACUAAGUCUAUUAGGGAUCUAACUAAACGGUUUGCAGCUAAAAAUAUUACAUUAUUGACAGCAGAAGGAAUAGUUGAUGAUGCAAAGGAUGUAAUAAAGAACUUAAAGAAUAAGGAUGCAAGAAUAAUGUUCGUGGUUUCACGGCCAGAUGCAAUUUCGUACGUCCUGUGCGAGGCUUAUAAGAAGCAAUAUUACGGGCCUAAAUAUGUUUGGGUAUUUCCAGGAUGGUAUCCAAAACAUUGGUAUAUGGACUAUAUUGCCAAAGAUAUAAAUUGCUCAAGCAAUCAAAUCUACCAAGUUAUACAAAAUUAUUUAUCUGUUUAUCAGUUUUAUCCAAUAAAUAAUAAAACGACCAUAUCCGGCAGAAGCGCAGCCGGUUUUCAAGAAUAUUUCCAUAAAUUUCGAAACAUAUCUCAGAAUGAUUAUCUAAAAGGCUAUGUUUAUGACUCCGUUUGGACGCUAGCACUGGCAUUAAAUCAAACAGAUCAGCAGCUUACGUUAAGUGGUGGCUCUCUACUAGAUCUUAAGUAUCAAAAUAAUCGAAAGAUGCGUAUAAUAAGCGAGAUGUUGGAUAAAACUAAUUUUGUUGGAAUUACGGGCCAAAUAAACUUUAAUGGUGCAGAUAGGGAAUCUAACGCCUACAUCUACCAGUUUUUAGGCAAUAAGAGUGAUAACUAUACUGUACAAGUUGGGAUUUACCAAAGGAAGCUUGACACAAUUGAAUGGGAUCCAAAUCAGCGAGUUCAAUGGUUAGGUGAUCGAGUACCGGUAUCACAUGUUUCCAUCGAAACAGAAACUAUUUCUAUAUCAAUUCCAGCCUUAAUAGCGUUUACAAUCCUCUCUGGAAUAGGAAUAUUGUUCUGCAUCGGCUUAAUUGCUUUUACUCUAAACUAUCGUCAUGACAGCAUAAUCGUGUUUGGAAUCGACUCUGGAGUUGUUCCUUUAAUCACCGUACCAGCAUUUUGUACAGUGAAAAUUUGGCUCUUAUGCAUUGGAUUUACUUUCGCUUUUGGUGCUUUAUUUGCCAAAACAUGGAGAAUUCAUAAAAUUUUUACUUGUAAAACUAGGCAAUCUGUAGUUAUCAAAGAUUGGCAUUUGUUGACGACGGUUUUCCAGUUAUUAAUCAUUGAUGUUAUUAUUUUACUAUGCUGGACCAUUAUCGACCCUAUGCAGCUAAAGCACCUUACAAUUACAACACAGAUCAAUCAAGAUGAAUCAAGUACCAUAAGUAGACAAUUACAAUACUACUGCAGCUGCAACCAGAUCGUGGUCUGGAUGGCUAUUGUUUUUGGAUAUAAAUUCUUAUUAUUACUCAUUGGCAGUUUCUUGGCUUACGAGACAAGAAAUGUGACUAUUCCUGCGCUGAAUGAUACAAAAUUUAUUGGAUUUUCAAUCUACAAUGUCACAUUACUGGCUGCUGUAGGUAGUAUCAUUUCUUUCGUCGUCAGAGCUAGUCCAACAACCCUGUAUGUGCUCCAUGCGAUAUUAAUAUUUAUCUGCAGUACAACAACACUAAUGUUUAUCUUUAUUCCUAAGAUUUAUCAAUGGAAACUUGAUCGAAAACAUGCUGAAGGGGCCUCCACAGGUAUAAUACAUUCAAGUGUAGAGCCUAUUGGUUGUUCUCCUGGUAGCAACAACUCUUCGAUUGUGAUGAGUAGACAAGAAAAAAAAUUAAAUGCAGAAUUGUUAAGAACUCGAUUGCAAGAGAGCUAUAAACACUACCAUGAAUUGAAAAGGGAAAUUGAUGCAAUUCGGCAUCAAUUAGCUAUUUUGGACUGCGAAGAAACAUUGAUACCAACGAUGUGA